GAACUUUAGAUUUUAUAAUGGCUUCGAGUUCUGAGAUUACAAUAGGUAGUCGUAAAUCUCAACUGGCUUUAAUUCAAACUAAACAUGUACAACAACUGUUGGAAGCUUCAUUUCCUGACCACUCGUUUCCCAUCACAAGCAUGACAACGAUCGGUGACCAAAUUCUCUCCAAACCUUUAUUUCGUAUCGGUGAAAAAUCCUUAUUUACCAAAGAACUUGAAAUAGCGUUACAAAAUAAAGUUGUAGAUUUAGUUGUUCAUAGCCUUAAAGACUUACCUACUACCCUUCCAGAGGGAAUGACCAUUGCAGCUGUUUUAAAACGAGAAAAUCCUAGAGAUGCUCUCGUCAUUAAAGAAGGUUUGUUAUACAAGUCAGUGGAUGAACUGCCAAAAGGUAGUGUAAUUGGUACUGGCAGUACCAGAAGAAUAGCCCAAUUGAAAGCUGCUUUCCCGGAUUUAGUAUUUCAGGACGUUAGAGGGAAUUUAAAUACAAGACUUGCAAAAUUAGAUGAUCCAAAUGGACCGUAUUCUGCUCUUGUUUUAGCUGUAGCAGGUCUUGAACGUUUAGAAAUGAGACAUCGGAUCUCUCAGAUUUUUCCAUCAAAUGUUAUGUUAUAUGCGGUUGGGCAAGGUGCGUUAGCUGUAGAAUGUCGAGUUGAUGAUAAACAAAUUAUUGAACUACUGUCCGUGCUCGAAGAUAAAGACACGAGAUUAAGAUGUUCAGCAGAACGUUCACUAUUGCGCACUUUAGAAGGCGGAUGCAGUGUUCCUAUUGGUGUUAAUACGGAAUUCAUAGAGACACAAAAUGGAACACGAGAAUUAAAAUUAUUAGGAUUAGUAGCAAAACUAGAUGGAUCAGAAGUUAUUAAAGCUGAAGCCCAAAAAAACGUUGAUGAGGAUGGAAUCGAGGCAGCAAAUGAACUUGGUAGAGAGGUUGCCGCAAUUUUGAUAGAAAAAGGAGCAAAUAGAAUAUUGGAAGAAUUGAAAACUUCGCGACAAUAAUAAUUUUUUUAUUAUUAAUAAAUAUUUGCAAUCUUGGUUUUAAAUUUCCAUUAAUUCAGAAGAAUGAUGCAUGUUAUAUAGUUUUUUUUAUAUGUAUCAGUGAUAUUACAAUAUAUAUACAAUAGAACAGACAGAAUAAUUAUUCUCUAUUUUAGUUGUUUAAUACAAGAUGUUUUUAAUUCAUUUAUUUCAC